UUGCUGUGAUGUGAGUUGUCCAGCAGCCUGUGCUGUAGAUUCCGAUUCCUUCUCCACACGCCCAGUUUGUCCCUUAAACACCAGCAUUGACGAUGGGCCUCUGGCCAUCACGCGAAAAUGGACGGGCCCGCCGAGGAAGGGAAGCACGAAUCAGCGUCAGAUCAGAUAUACGCGAUAUACGUACUUGGAGGCGAGGACUCAACUUGCCAGGCUCUCACGCCCUCUCGCAUACGCGACAUACGGAUCCGACCAAUCGUUGUUCUUUCUGGGUUCUUCUGCAGCCUCUCGGACACCGAGUCUUUUAUUUUCCGCACCUGCAUCCUGUAGGGAAAGUUCCCACUCCCAGCCUGGAAGAGACUUUUGAGUCGACUCAUAAGUGAUUACGUCUCCAUCCUGUCGGGAGAGCUCCCACUCCCCGGCUCGAAGAGUGGAAAACACGCUGUUGAGAGAAGAGCCAGCGGAAAUGAUGCUCCGCCGCGGCUGCGAGAACAAUAUUUCGUGACGGUGGAUUUACGACACAGUUUCAAGCCAUGCUUCGACGCGUUUACUAGCACCGUGCGGCUAGACCAUGGCGAGCCGCCUAUUUAUAGUACCAUUAAUCACAAGGAACAGUCGCAUCCACAAUCACAGCUCUCUUCGCCAUAAGGAAGCAUUUUAUUGGGACAGCGCUGAACCCCAACGUCACGUGCCUUCCAUUCUGAGCCGCAUUGGCGGCGGGGACGGACGCCAAUGCAGACUAGAAACCGCCUGGCUCGAAAUUCCCGACACAUUGCGAUGUCACGCGCUGCGACUCCGCCGCCGCGGCACACUUCGACGUUGCGAGGCGUUGCGACAUCAUCAAGGCCGCCGGCUCGCCGGCGAUUACUAUGUGCGACGCAAGCAGUCUUCGCCGUCGUCGCAGCAUUCCUGCUCGCAGCGGCGGCAUUCGCUAUCACACCAGCCGAUGCCAUUCCCAUUCGCGAAUCGCAGAGGAGCGCGCUCAGUGUGAUAUUGAGUCAACGACAGGCCUUGAGUGGCGCGUCAGGGGGAGCGGGCGGCACUGGCAAUGGGAUGGGCAGCACUGGCGGUGUGGGGGCGGGGGGAGUGGAGGUGGAGGAUGACUGCGACCUUAUAAGGGAGAUAGAGUGUAAUCUGCAGGGAUACGUUACUUCUCUCAAGCUCUCAUCACUGGUGUCUCUACCGCUGGAUGUUCGAUCCCUCGUGCGCCUCCAUUCAUUGAAAAUCUUCUCAUACACCAACCCGCAUGCCAAGCGUCCCUUCUGUGAUAGGCCAGCUCACGUCGCUCACCUCACUGGACCUCUAUCAGGCGGUGGCAGGCGGCUCCUUCCCACCCACCAUGUCCAAGCUGAGACGACUCCAAUCGCUGAGCAUGGACGGUGUUACCUUAUCUGGCACCAUCCCACACUUCUUCUCCUCCCUCACUGCCUUGACACGCCUGCAGCUUGUUCGGGCUGGCCUCUACUCCUCUCUCCCCGCUGGCCUGUCGCACCUCACCAACCUCGUGAUUCUCAUGCUCCCCGGCAACAAUCUCACUGGCCCGCUCACUCCUCUCACUGGCUUGCGACGCCUGCAGCAUUUCAACGCCAUUCACAACCGCUUCGCUGGCAGCAUCCCCUCGACCAUUAGCCGCCUCUCUGACCUGACCUAUGUCUGGCUAGGCAACAACACCAUCACCGGCUCGCUACCAGCCUCCAUCUCGAAACUCCAGGGACUGGUGUAUCUGAGUGUGGAGCAGAACCGACUGACAGGCAGCCUGCCCCAAGGCAUUAGGGGGCUCAUCGGCCUGAAGGGACUCGACCUCUCUCAUAACAGCAUCUCCGGCUCGCUGCCAUCCACAGUCGGCAAGCUGAGCCUCCUCAGUUCCCUCUGUCUUGACAACAACAACAUCACUGGGACCAUCCCUCUCUCUGUCUCUGGCCUCACUGCAUUAUCAUUCUUGUCGAUCCAGAGCAACAUGCUUCAUGGAAACAUGCCUUCGUUCCUCGCAUCGUUGCCACGACUGCGAGACAUCUAUCUCAACGACAAUCGCCUCAACGGCUCUCUGCCUGCCAACUUUGCUGACUUCUCCAGCCUUGAAGCACUAAGCCUUUCCAACAACAUGCUUCAGGGCCCCAUUCCUGCAUCCAUUGCCAAUGCUCCAAAAUUGAAAGUCCUGCUUCUUGCCAGCAACCGCCUCUCAGGGCCCCUCCCUCAACCCUCAAUCCGAAACCCAGCGUUCUUCUCCUUCGACGUGCGCAGCAACACCCUGUCCGGCUCCAUCACAGACUCUCUCUUUGCUGCCUCACCCAACCUCUACAGCCUCCAACUCUCUGGUAACAACUUCACAGGGACUGUCCCUCUGCUGCUUGCUCAGCUUUCCACCCUCGUGCACCUGAGCGUCAGCAGCGGCAUGGAGUGCCCCUCGCCCCUCUCUUCCUGCACGGGCACCAUCCGUUCCGUCCUCGCCUCCUCUGCUGCUCCGCCUGCCUUCUGCUCUCUCUGCCCCGACUUCUGCACACAGUGCAAGAUCGCCCACCCUCUCCUCCUCCUCCCUCUCCCCCUCCAUCUCCACCAUCCCUCUCACAACCACCACCCCCACCGCAACCUCCUACAGCAAUCCCACCACCAUCACCACCACCACCAUCACCACCACCACCAUCACCACCCCCACUGUCGCCAACACCACUGUCACCACCACCACCAGACAUCUCACCUUCUCCCUGUGCUUCAGUCCCUCCUCCUGCUGCUGCUGCUACUGCUACACCAACUGCUAAUGCACCAUCACUGGUGGCUACCACGCCAUCAUCUGCUGCCGCUUCACUAUCAUCACCUGCUGCACCAUCUGCUGCCUCACCAUCUUCUGUGGCUCCUUCUGCUGUGGCACCAUGUGCUGCGACACCAGCACUGGCAGCAGCACCGCCACCAGCAGCACCGCCACCAGCACCACUACCAGCACCAGCACCGGCAGCAGCACCGAUGGCAGCAUCAUUACGAGGAGCUCCAACAGCAGCACGAUCGCCAUCACCAUCAUCACCACCAUCACCAUCAUCACCAUCACCACCAUCACCAUUACCAUCACCACCAUCACCAUCAUAAUCACCAUCAUCACCACCAUUAUCGCCACCAUCAUCGCCACCAUGGUCAUCAUGAUCGCCAUCAUCCACAGCAGCAGCAUCACCAUCAAGAACAGCAGCAGCAUGUGCAGCAGCACCAACAUCACCACCACCAUCAGCCUUACAAGCAUCACCUCUUGACCUUCCUAACCAAUCCUUUUUACAUCAUUAAUCCAGCUCAUUUCUAGUUACGGCACACCCAAUUUCCCACUAAUACAUUUCCCUUCUUACACCCAUAAAGACUUCUGUAAAUAAUGUAUAAUGUCACAAAAGGCCAUGCUGGAAUUCCUCCCAUCUCUUCAUGGGUCUGGCCAGAAGAGCCUCUUCCCAUACCAACCCCUUCCCAAACUUGUGUUGCAACGUGCUGAACCGCUGCCUUAAAACCGCAGUCUAGCAUCUUUCUAGUGUUUUGCAAAUGAACUCGAGGGAACGGA